AUGCAAUCACCACGACGAACUACUAGACCGGCAUCGGCAGGGAGUACGAGUACGUUUGAUUCGAGACCUCGAAGUCCAUUGAGCACCAGUGCCUCAAUUGACGAUUUAUCCAGCCUGGCGAGUGAGAUAUCGUCGGUGUCCAACAAUUACUCAAUCAAAUCGGCAUCAAGAAGUACGAUUCAGGUAGGACCCACAAGGGCCCAAACAGAUCCAAUCUCCAAUCGAUAUGAAUUUGAGCCCAGACCACCAGUUCGAACAACCCUCCUCGAGCCUCAACGAUUGAUGCAGGAACCUGUAUCCUGGACGAAUUUUGUCUCGCAGCCAUCUUUAGGAGAGGGUUUGCUUAAACUUCCCGAAGAAAUACUUCUGGUUAUUCUGCGGGAGCUCAAGAAAUCACAUCUGAAAGCGGGGAGCCUAAGUUGUGCAACAUGUUGGAUGAGGGAUCUGCACAGUCUUGGAUUGAGCAACAAGAAGUGGUGGAGUGCUGCAAGAGUUAUUCUAUAUGAAGACAUACAGCUUGUUGGAAGUGAUUCGAGUUUGCAUAUGAAGAAAAAGUACAAGUCGAAACAUGGAAUCAGGUUGAGACUUCUUCGUCGAACCCUUCGGAGUCAACCAGAGCUCGCCAAAUAUGUCAAAUCAUUGAAAGUUCCUUCAAUGCCAGACUCGGCCAAAACGAAACAAGAUCAGGAUGAAUACAUGGACUUGGUAGCUUCAGUGAUAAUGGCAUGUCCAAACUUGGAACGCGUACCAGGAAUCUAUCAGCCAUACGAUCAUGAAUUCACAAAGUUCUUCCAUGCACUGGGGACGCGAUCGAAACUCGUCGAGAAAGUCUGGAUUAUCGAACCAAGCCCAAUACGACGUCUUUACAAUGCAUCUGAUGAAAUCGAAAACCCUGUGAUUGUACCAGGCCCUUUACGCUCUGAACAAUAUCUCGAUUUCUUGGGUCUUAACUCGAAUUGGCCACAUUUGCAGACACUUGUCCUUCAUUGUAGCCCCGGUGGCAUGAUUGAUUCACCUUUAUUCACUGAAAUAUUUGGACGUCUUCCAUCGCUUCAGGAUUUGUAUAUAUCGAACUUCCCACGUACUUCUUUCAAUGAUGAGAACUUGCUUUCUCUUCCAGCUCUCAAAAAACUUCGACUCGAUUCACUUCCAGGCAUAACCUCGAAUGGAUUAGCGGCCUAUGCAUCAUUACCUACUUCCACGAAUCUUAUCUCACUGUCUUUAAUAUCAUUACCACUCCGAUCACUCGCCAUCCUCGCUCGAUUUUUCACUCACCUGAAGAGCCUCAAAUCAUUCUCUUUAUCUCAGGGUCCUUCCCCUAUGCUCAAUGACCAGAAUGAUAUCUUCUUACACCCUUACCUUGCCUCGUCCACCCUCGAACACCUUCACUGGGAAAUCACGAAUCCUGAUGACGACAAGGCUUCUGAGAUCCUUGCUAAAUCUAUCGCUUUCUCCGGAUUUCCCAAUUUAAAGUCUCUCCGUGCCCCAACUGACUUUAAUGGUAUGCUUCAAAGGCUAUGCAAACCAAGGUCCAGGAUUGAAUUACCAGGAGACAAGUAUCGAAAUAUGGGAGUCGGCAACCCUCAGAAUCGAGCGGCGACUAUGCCUGCCACUAUACCCGUAACACCUCCACCAAAUCGCCAGUCAAUAUUUUCUCGACAGAGCGAGCGUCGCGAUAGUGUAAUGACUGGAAAAUCCUCAAACUCAUCUUCGCUGUCUCUUGCAUAUGAGACCCACAUAGACGGGAGCGGCAAACAUGAGAUGGUGAGUUUAUUGAGUGCUCGACAUGCUGCUCAACUUCGGAUUGAUACUGCUACGACACCACAGUUUGAUAUAAUAAUUUGGGACGAUGAUGGACAAUUCCUCGAGAGGUUCAAAUUAGGAACUUUCAUUGGCAAAGUAGAGAGUAAGAUUGUAUACAACUUGAAGCCAGAUAUUGAAGGCAGUGAUGAGUCUAUCAUGAGUGUCGAGACACUUUUGGAGAAGGGGGUCGAGUCGAAAUCUAGUGAUGGUUGUACGGGAAGUUGGAACAUAGACCUAGACUCGAAAUCAAAGGAUAGAAAGAAGAGAGAUUGGUGGUGGCAUACUGAGAGGGAAAGAUGGAGAGAGACAAAAUUGGCUACUUUCUUUUAA